CAAAAUUCUGAUUUCAGAUGAAUCACUCGGUAGAACGCAGUGGAAAAUUCUGUGUUGAGAUUAAGAUAUGGCGCAACUGCAACCCCCUUCGCAUGAUCGUCAUCUUUAUGAAGAAGAUCCUCACGACGUUGGUGUGCAUUCGGUGGCUGAAGGUGAAGGAGAGCACAAUCGUCACAAAUCUGUACUGAAAAAGGUAAAGGAUAAAGCGAAGAAAAUCAAACACACAAUCACGAAGCACGGCCAAGAGCACGAGGAACGACACGAUCAGAUUUCCGAGGACGAAGAUGACCGUGAGGAUGAAGAGAUGGAGAAUGAUCCAGAAGUCCACGGCGCACCUAUGUACGAAUCUACUGUCAUAAGAGGAACGAAUCUGCCCAAACAAACUGAUGUCGACUUGCCAAAGCCAACUGAUACGCCGGAGAACAAGUCCUUUCCUAAUGUAAAUACUCCUACUGUAGGAGAUGCAGUAAAUAGACCUUCUGGUCCGGCGGUGGAAGGUGACCUGGGGAGGCCGGCGGCGGAGCUCCGUCAGCCGGCAACUUGGAAACCCCUCGAAGCCGUCCCCAGUUCGACUCAACCAGAAGAAACAAAUAUGAAUGUGCCUAGAGUUGGACCACUCGGAGGCUUACAUGAGGAUCCAAAUUCUCCAUACAACUCACCUCAAGGAAUUACCCCCUCAAAUUAUCAAGCUAAAGUCGUUGAUCCGACAGGGAGAAAAGGUGAAGAAGUAGAUGUUGAACCACUAGUUCGACAUUUAGACAAGAUGGAAGUUCGUGAUAAAUCCACGGCGAACCCUUCACCGAAGUCUGAGCAGUACACGGGAAGCCAUGAUCAGUUUGCUCCACAAGGGAAUCCUCCACAGGAUAUGUUCAAGCAAGAAUCAAACCCAGGCCGUGGAAGUGCUGAAUCAGCCUUGAAGAAAUUGACCCCUGACGAGCCUGAUGCUAUGCCUGUCGAUACUUCAGCGGGAAAAUUAUCUUCCGCAGCGAAUAUCAUAGCAAAUAAAGCAGCAGCCGCCAAGAAUUUGGUUGCAUCGAAGCUUGGAUAUGGCGAUCAGGGCCAUGAAAGCCUGGGACCUUCUAAGCUGCCUGCAACAGGGGAUGUGCAUAAAGAGGUGGUAAUAGAAGGGACUGAUAAGGGCGUGUCUGUGAAAGAGUUCUUGGUGGAGAAACUGAGUCCAGGAGAGGAGGACAAGGCGCUGUCGGAGGCGAUUUCUGAGGCGUUCAACAAGAAAAUGGGGGAAAUGCAAGGGACGAAGGAUGUGCCUAAGACAGGGAGAGUGUUCGAGUCGGAAGAAGUGGCGGCCCGUUUGGGGACGGGUCGGGAGAACAGAAGGGAGGGUGAGGAUGCAAUUACUGCCGGAGCUGAGAGCUCCGGCGCCGGCGUCAUGGAUCGCCUGAAAGAUGCUGUCGGAUCUUGGCUUGGUAAAAGCACUGCGACGGAGACGGCCAAAGAGUCCAUCGCACAGUCAUAUGUGAGUGAUAUAGGUUCCACCGCCGGCGCCGGCGACAAGGGGAGGCUGCAGGAGUCGGGCAAGUGAGUGAAUUUGGUCUCUGAGAAGUGGGAACAAAGAGCAAUGCAGCGACUAUUUUGAGUAUGAAGUUUGUUAUACAUGUGAUAAUGCUACCGAACGAUCAGUUUGCUUUCCUUAAUGUAAAAAUGUUAUGCAAUAUAAAAAAUAUACUAUAUAUUUAUA